AUGUUUAAAUCUUUACCAUCAGAUGUUCUGAACUAUAGUUAUGACAAUUUUUACCAACUAGUUAAAGAAAGAUGUGGUGAUAAUGUCGUAGAAUUUAUGAAAUUAUUAGAUAUUUCAUCGGUUCAGUCAUUGCUGGGAGUAGAAAAUUUAUUUGAUUAUUUGGAAUUCAAUUCAGAAAAAUUAAAUGCCAAUAAAAAAAAAUUAGCUUUCCAACAUGAAAAUGGUUUAGUUGAAGUGAAAUGGGGUGUUAGAAACUCAUUGGAAUGUUUAAUUCGAGAUUUAAAAACAUUUAGCAAUAAUAAUCAACGAAUGACAGAAUCAAUAGUAUUAAAUGAUGAUAUGAUUCUGCCAUCAAGUUUCCUUCAAAAGCAUCCUAUGUUAAAAUGUUUAAUUAAUUUAUAUCGAACGAUUGAUGAUCAAAAUAACGAAGAUAACUCUGAAAAUACAUCUUUUUUAAAUUAUUUUCUUGAUAACAUUAGCAGUAAUUUAUGUCGCUCAAAAAAUGCUUAUCGUUAUAAUGAACCUGUACUUCGAUUUGCAAUGGCUUUCCAUGUAUUAAGCGGAAAUAUAGCUUAUGAAUUCGUACGACUGAAUGUACCAGGUGUUCUUCCAGCAUUAUCUACUCUUCAAGGGCAUCCUUUAAAUAAACAGCAUCGAAUGAAAGAAGCUGAAUUUCGUUUUGAUUCGUUAUCAGCACACAUGAAUUCGCUUAAAACAAAUAUUGCAUUUGCUGCAGAAGACUGCACAGCAGUUAUUAAGAAGAUAUCUUAUGACAGUUUUACUAACUCAUUUGUUGGCCUAGUACCACCUUUAAAUGAUGGAAUACCUACUACCCUACACUACCAAACAGACUCUUUUAAAAAACUUCGUGAAUGGUUUUCUAAUGAAGAUCGUUCACAUCUUAUUAAUAUUCAUAUGAUUCAGCCUAUUACUAAUAUGCAGAUAGCACCUAACCCGUUUUUACUUUCUGCAUUUGGAACAAAUAACAAAUAUGAAGCCAUUGAUAUUAUUCGUCGAUGGAUAUGGAUAUUCGAGCAAAGCUCAUUACAAGAUAUUCGUAUUGUUGGAUUUUCAACUGAUGGUGAUCCAAAAUAUAUGCGUGCAAUGCGUCUUGUAACCGGCUUUUUUGCUUCACUACCAAACAUUAAAUUAAAUAGUUACACAAAUGCAUUUCAUGUUAAAAUUCCAAAAGAUUGGAAUUGGUAUUUUCUUGGUGACAGUCAUCUGUUUUUAUGCUUUCAAGAUGCUACACAUCUUUGUACAAAGUUACGUAAUCGACUACUAUCUCGCACAGCUAAUAUGUUAAUCGGCAACCAUUGUAUUUCUAUUAAUUAUCUCUCAACAUUAAUUCGAAAUAUCCCAAAAUUACGACACGGUUUAGUAAAAUCUGACAUUUUCCCGCAAGAUCGUCAAAAUUUUAGUUCUUGUGUUAAAAUAUGUAGUGAUGAUGUAACUAACUGUUUAACUGAAAUUCAUGACUCUGAAGGCAUAAUUAUGUAUAUUCAUUUACUUCGUUCAAUAAUGAUUGCAUACAUAGAAAAAUUAACAACACCCAUCAAUCGACUAUAUCAUGCAUGGUUCUCAGUUUUUGUUAGUCGAUUGUGGUAUAUCUGGAUCGAUUAUAUGCCAAAAGUUAAUUUAGAAAAAAGCCUUUACGAACUUAGUGGUAUUACAACGAAUAAAAAAAAAGAAAAAAAAGAAACAAUUUUUCAUUACCAACAACGCUUACUAUUGCAUAGAAAUUAA